AGAGAAUAUAAAAAAUUUAUGUAAAAAGUUUCUUUUUUUUCAUAAGUUCACAAACGUCUAGACAAAUCAUGAAAUUCCUGAUUAUUUGUUUAUCAACAAUUAUUUAUAGUACUAUUGCACAGCAAGUGCUUAAUAAGUAUCCUAAUACCGUACCAAUGGCCAAUGUAUCCAUUAGCAAGUUUAUUGGUAAAUGGUAUCAGAUUCAUCGAAUUCCGAAUCAAUACGACCGUAAAAGUAAAUGCAGUACCUUUAACUUUACAUUAUAUAAUGAUGGUGAUGGUGUUCUACUCAAUCUUGAAACUGCGGCUUUGAAUGAUUUAACUGGGAUGAAAGAUAAAUGGACCGCUUAUGGCACACUGCAAAACAAUAGUCCAUCUCAGUUAGACCUUGAGUUCCCACCACUUGCAACACAAAGAAAAACUACGCUAAAAAUAUUGGAUACCGAUUAUGAAAACUUUCAUGUUAUUUCCAUGACACAAGUUGAAAAGGAUAAUAGAGUUCUGCAUAAUGUCUGGGUUUGUUCAAGGAAACCAACACUCGAACAACCUUUUACUGCGCGGGCAGUAGCGGCUUGUCAAAGAAAUAAUAUUGACAUCAACCUAUUUAAAACUGUUGAUCAAAAAUGCUAUCUGUCGAAGACAAAAUAAAUAUAAAACUUGAAUAAAUUACUUUACAAAAACUAUCUAUGUUUUUUAUA